AAAUUAGUGCGCAAGGAGCAUGCAUAGGCAUAGGGUAACAACAAAAACAAAAACAGCAGCAGUAGUAGGAAUAACAGCAGCAACAACAACAACAGCAACAGCAACAAAAGCUAUUGGCAACAGAGCCAGCAUUGGUAUAAGCAGCAAUCUCGAGUUAACUUAAUCCAAUCGGAAUAGAUAUAGGGAGCAGAAAUCGACGCGAGCGUACAAAUCAAUCAUUGCAGAUUGUGCACAAUAUUGUUGGUGCUGAAAAGGGCAGCCUAACAAAAGAGCAUAAAUAAGAAGGAAGAAAACUGGCGAAAAUGUACAAAACGAUACGUCACGGCGAGAAUAGUUUGCAAUACACGAUAUUACCCCAAAACGAUGAUUUUCGCAUCGAAGGCAAAUUAACAAAUGCCAGUCGGGGCGCCCGAGCUGGUGUUGGCGCCAGCGGUGGCAUCGCUCAUAAGCGGAAUGGUGCGCCUCGCAGACGUCGGACGUUUUUCGCCUAUUUGGGGCUAAUCUUUGUCUGCACCGUCAUCAUUGGGGCCGUGCUCAUACCGUUUCUAGUGUCUGUCGAAUGCUUGCCCAGUCCCUCGGAAUGGUUCCUCAAGACGAAGGCAGCGCUCACACGCAACGGCGGAGCGGCCCACACUGUGGGAUCGGCCGCUGCUUUAACGGCUGCCACAGCGCCACCAGCUGGGAUUGAAGCUAGCAUUGGCAAAACGGUGCAGAUUGUCAAUCGGAAUGGGGUUGAGCAGUUUGUGUUGAAACUAAAUAAAACUGCAACAGCUCCGCUGGCAGUAGCCACAACAUCAGCCACAACCACAACGUCAACAACAACCACAGCAGCACCCAUUAUGACAACAACAAAAACAGCUAUUUAUCUGCAGGAUCAGCAACAAAUGCGCAAAAUGCAGCCAACUAUCCUGCCCUUGCCUAUAUAUUUGGCCAGCACCGCUCUGCCGCCCACAAAGCCACCACAGCCGGUGGCACCAGCUGCCCCACCGUUAAACUCGCUAAAUCGCUUGCCGCCCACUUCGACAAUUACCACACGCAUUAUACAAGUGCCGCUGCUGAAAUCGGCCGCCAAGAAGCCUAUAAUGCCGCCCGUUCUGGCCAAGACGCAAAGCACCCAGAUGCAGCCGAACUCGGCUAGCGUGCCCGCACAACCGCCGGAGACAGUGGUGGCUGCUCAGAACAAGAGCAACGAUUGGAUCAAUACGCAUUGGCCCUACAUUGAUCCGUCGACAUACAUCCAAUGGACCGGCUACAAGGCUGAGGAUAGCGUGCUGUUGCCCGCACUGCUCGGCUUUGCGCUGAUUGGCAUGAUUUUAAUUAUAACGGUUUGCCUGGUGGCACGCAACAAGCGCACAAUUGUGUCCUCUGUGCGCAAGCGAAAUCGUAAUGACAUUGAGGAGCAAGGCGCCGAGGAUAAUGCCACACUGCUGACCACUACAAAUCUGUCCGAUGAUGAUUAAACUUUAUUAUAAAAUGUUUAUAUACAUGUCUGUUGUUUUCCUUCUUUCUUUCUUUUUUUAUCGCGCGUGCUUUUUGAUGAAUCUCGAAUGAAUGUAUGUAUGUAUGUAUGUAUAUGCUCGAAUUUUUUUUGUUGUUGCCAUAGUUUACAAAUUAUAUAUACACUUAUAGACGUAUUCUUAAGAGACACCUAAACAAAGAAACUGGCUGCAGCAAUCGAGAACAAUACGGAAUUCCAGCUUCGUCUAAACAGCUUGUUAGAUCGGUAGAACAAAUUUCUCAGUCGACUAGUUUCGAACUAUGGUUGAACGAAUUCAAGAGUCUGAAUCAUGUCCGCUUAAGUUGGUAAUUAUCUUACCAAAUUGUUCAAGUCUAUACGCUACAUAACUUCAGGAACUGAAAAAUACUACCACCUGCUUCUUCAAAUUAUGAAUAACCUUUAAAUCAAGCGCUGAAAUCCUGCCCAUAGUCUUUCUCCCUAAAAUAAAAUAAUUUCAAUGUGGCACGCCUGUCAGACCCGAAACUUGUAGCCCUUCCUGUAUUAAGACAUUGCUACGUACUUCCAAUGAUAAAAUCUUGAUGGAUAAUUUCUUUAUUAUACUGCUUUAUUAUACAGCUGCUCCCUUGCUCUUUAUUUUUCCAAAGUCAAUACCUUUCUAAAGCAGUGUUAAAGGCAUAUUUAUUUAAAAUUUUAAAUUUGAAUAAAAAUCUGAAAUUGAAAUAACUUGUCUGUUCAA